ACGUCUAAUCUGGAGGCCAUGAUCUCAGAGAGUGUUCAGAUCCACCGAGGACCUCCUGCUGUCUACCAGCUGAUGCCAAAGAAAGAGAUGAUAGGAACUCUGACCAGAGUGACGGUUGGUGAAAAAGAUAAAACAAAGCCGAAUAAAAGCAUCUUACUAGUUGGUGAAACAGGGGCAGGAAAGUCCACUCUGAUCAACGCUCUGUUCAACUACGCUGUGGGAGUGAAGUUUGAGGAUGAAGUCUGGUUUCAGAUCGUAGAAAAGGAGGAGGGACGUUGUCAGACACAAAGUCAAACAUCAGAUGUGAUUGUGUACGAGAUCUUUGGGUUUGAAGGUCAAACUCUGCCGUUCUCUCUGACCAUCAUAGACACUCCUGGAUUUGGAAGCACCAGAGGCAAAGAAGAAGAUGCCUCCGUCAGCAGGAGAUUGUUUGACUUGUUCCGAUCGGAGGACGGAGUUCAUGAGAUCCACGCUGUAGGUCUGGUGAUGAAGGCGAGUGAGAACCGACUGAGUGACCAUUUGAUGUACGUCUUUGAUUCAGUGAUGUCUCUGUUUGGAAAAGACCUGGAGAGAAACAUCGUCGCUCUGGUCACACACUCUGAUGGAGGAACACCUGAAAAUGUUCUUCAGGCUCUGAAUGCAGCAAACAUUAAAUGUUCUAAAGAUGAGAAUAAUCAGCCUGUUCACUUCAUGUUUAAUAACCAACAGAACCAGCAGAGAAACACGUCAGAGAGAGAUCGGCUCAGUUUGAAGCACUUCUGGGACUUUACAAAUAAAAACAUGGGUCGUUUGAGAGACUUCCUGGAAAAGACCGAGACACAGUCACUGAAAACCAGCAUGGAGGUUCUAAAUGAACGGAUCCAACUGACCGCCUGCAUCCAGAACCUGCAGGAGAGAAUCAAGCUGACUGAGCUGAAACAGAACGAACUCAGACAGACCGAAGAGGUUUAUAACAAACACGAAGAAGAGAUGAAGAAGAACGAGAACUUCACCAUAGAGGUUGACGAGGUCUACAAAGAAAAACAACCAAUCAGUGGUGGAAAGUGGUUCUUGAUGUUUUAUGAGGGAGCCGUUACCUGUUCUGUCUGCCAGGAGAACUGCCACCAUCCUGGAUGCACGAUGGCCAGGAAACCCAGACACUGCAAGGUCAUGCAGUGGGGCCGCUGCACCGUCUGCACCAAGAAGUGUCCUGCAUCAGAUCACGUCAAAGAAAACUGGAAAUAUGUGAUAAAGACCAGAAAGGUUAAGAAGACCCAGGAGGACAUGAAGGCAAAAUACAGUCAAAACAAAGCAGGAUGUAAGACCAAGUUGGGUCUUCUGGAAAACCUUAAAGAGGAAACCAUCAAGCUGACAACAGAGUGGUCAUCUCUGCUGGAUGAGGCCUUCGGUCAUGUUGUCAGACUGGAGCAGAUCGCCCUGAAUGUUGACUCAGGGUCCACCUUUGACCACCUGGGCUUCCUGAUUGAGAAGAUGAAGGAAAAAGGCGACCAAAGAAAGGUCCAAGUCCUGGAGGAGCUGAAGGUCAGGAUGGAUAAAAUAAAUGAGGGUCGUCCACAAUGGCAGAGGAUUAUGAAAAGGGUUUAGGAAGUUCACAUAAUAAAAUGAAUAAGGCGUUUUUAUUUUAACCCUUCAUCUGAGAUAAAAAUAAUGUUUGUUUCAUAACCAGUUAGCAUGCAGAGAAUACAUUACAAAAUAAAAUAUUGUAAAUAUUUAGAACCAUAAACCAGAAAUUACCAGAUGUGAGAUGAUGUCAUUAAGAAUAUUUUAGAAAAAAAUAGUAAAAAAUGCUGCUGGAGAACCCGAUAUUCAGCCGGACACAGAGCUUUGUUUUUUAAAAGUUUAAAGCAGAACGUGAAUAGUGGCAGACGAGGCAGGCAGUACUGGGCAGAAGAGCAGAGGAUGCCGGUGAAUGGCAGAACAAUUGCUGAACAGAAGUUACAGGUAAUGACAGACUCGAGCAGAAUGAUGAAGGCAGGAGCUGACCAGAACAGAAAGUACAGAUUGGCGACCCACCAGAUGGGCAGAACAAGCAGCUGGACCUCACAGAAAACAGGGCAGAAACUGAGCAGCAUGCAGGCACUGGAACUUACAUCAGUGAGGACUGAAGACAGGCAAAGAUUCAGAGUCCAACAGGCUGAGCACAGAGAAACUGAGGGGGACAAGACAGUAGUAUACAUGAGGCAAGAUGAGAUGUUCUAGCAGAGAAGAUGAAAGAAGCAGGUAAAUAUAGGCAGGUAAUUGGAGUAGUGGUGUAGGACUGAAAUGAACCAAAAAUGUCGAAACGAGACAAAGCUGCUUCUCCUUUUUCAGCCAGCAGGGAGACCUUUUAUUGUACAAACACCAAGUUUCACAUUCACAUUUCCAUUCAGCAAAAUCCCAACAACAUGGCCCUCACGGUGUCUUUUAUAGGGUAACAGUUACAUAAAUAGAACGUAAUAUCUUACUGUCCACAUGGACCACUAAACCUAAACAGAUGUUUCCUAUGAUCUCUAGAUGGAAUACUUAUAUAACUGUUUUACUGUGUAUAACAAAAAAUAUCUAAACAAUAAUCACUCUUGACAUUGUUAGAAGGAUGUUCAGUGUUAGUGUUCAAACUUUGGUAGUAAUUAGGUCAGACCGAGUCCUGCUUUCUUCUUCAUAGCCUUAUAGGUCUGGAACAUUCUAAUCUAUAGUGGCUGAUUGGAGGAUAACUGGAGCACGAGGAUGGUGGCAGGGCUGAUUGUAGAAAGUCCGGAAAGGUCCAAAACAAACAAAACCCUAAAUUAUGUGAAGAACUAGCAGUAAUAUUUCAGAUACACUAUUUUAUGACGUCACACCGCAGCGCUCUGUGUUGUUCUCCAGUCUCUUGUUUACAUAGCCAGGCUGGACCAUUUGUGUACAUGCAUGAGAACAGCUGCCACUCAGAGCUUAGCCCCUCCCUGCCCUAAAAUAUCACUUUCAGAGUUGGAGCAGUAUGGAAGAGAGCCCCCCAGCAGAUCAAACUGU